AUGCUAGUGAAUCGUCAGUGGUUUGAAAUAGGUGUCAAAAUUUUUUGGUCUGAAUUUACUUAUAAAUUUCCUCCUUUGUUGGCUUGUAUUCCCGAAGAAUCGAAACAGAUAAUAAGGGAUAAUGUAACCUUCAUACCAGAAACAGAAUUUGUCACACCCUCCUAUAAUUAUGCUUCAUGUAUUCAAGUAUUUAAUAUCAAUUAUCUUAAUGAACUUAUUCGACGAAUCAUCAUAAGAUAUGAUCCCGAGAACACCGUUAACGAUGAUCAAGAACAAUUUCAAACUUAUAAAGAAGUUAUUUAUCGAGAAACUUUAAAAUUAUUAAUGAGGAAUGCUCCGAUAAGGAAGCUUAAUUUCUAUACACAAAUCGAUGAAGAUGAUACUCCACAUGUUGACUUUGGUUCAUUUCCUGGAGCAGUUAAUACCCUAAUGAAUGUUACGACAUUAGCUUGUUGUACGGAUCAGGAUCCAAGGUUUUUUCAAACGAUUGUAUCAUGUAAAAGGUUGGAAGCAAUUACAUUGUAUAUGCAAAAAGAAUUUUCGGAUGGUUUAAUGGAUACUAUAAACGCGCAGAAUAAUCUAAAGGAUAUAAACAUACAACGGGAAGAAAAAUCGACUAAUUGGCCGGUCAUAGCCGAUUCGAUGGAAAAUCAUCCUACCCAUCGAAAUACUAUAACAAUAGUAAAUCUGUCCUUUAAAGGAUAUAAAUCAUCAAUCAGAUUCCUACGUAAUUUCCAGAAUUUAACUGAAUUAACGCUAUGCACAUUUCAUGAUUACUUUGAUGAUUUCAAUGAAUUGCAACAUGUCUAUUUUCCUCAUUUAAGGUUUUUAAGUUUAAGAUUUAUUAUACCUAAAGAGGAAUGUUUGAUGAAAUUUUUUGAAAUCAAUGGGAAAAAUUUGGAGACUCUGGAGAUUGAUUCAAAUAAUGAUGAAUUGGAUUUUGCUAUUCCUCGAUUUUGCCCAAAAUUAAAAGUUUAUGGUAAAGUUAGAAAUAGCAGAGAAUUACUGGAGAACACAUUUGAUAAUUGCCGUAAUUUGGAAAGUAUAACGGUCACUUGCAAGAAUAAUCAGUUCAAUGAGAGCCAGAUAAUUAAGUUUGUUGGAAGGUCAAUGCCUAAAAAUCAUAUUAAACUAACCAUAUGUACUAAAAUUCCAAAUCAAUCAGAGCUAUUGUUGGGUGAAUUGGACAAUGCGCUAAAGAGUUUGCAUAAUUACAUCUCACCUAAAACAAUUUCAUUAACCCUUCGUAGAGCAUAUAGGGUGGAAAUUAAACCUUCUAUUAGAGACUUAAUAAGAAGAUAUGAAACUAAUGGAAUUAUAAAAAAAUUUAAAACCGAAGAACAUUAUUCUUGGUAA